UGUUUUUCGUUUUGUUCUUCAGGUUACCCACUCAGAUCCUUGUGUGUUAAAAUCUCAUCAACCAACACAGAAUCUCAACAUGUACAAUAAUAAAAAUGAAAAUGAUUCUGGAAAUAUUCCUUGCGAUGAUUGGUGGGGUUACGGUGGAGAUGUCAAAACACCAGAGAAAGAAAUGGCACUUGAAAAGUUCACAAAUGAAAUCUGGGAUCACUUGACAGAGGAACAGAUAAACGACAGCGUGUUCCUGAAACGAUGGCUAAUAGCUCGGCAGUUUGAUGUGGCCCAAGCUGUGGAGAUGUUCCUAAAGAGUAAAUCAUUCCGAGAGAAAAUGAAAAUAGAUGAUCUGCUGGAAAACUACGUCCCACCUGAGGUCAUUACAAAGUACAUGCCAGGAGGUGAUGUCGGCCACGACAAAGAAGGCUCCCUCAUCCGUAUCGUCCCAUGGGGGGAGUUGGACAUGAAGGGGAUCAUGUCUUCAACGAAAAGAUCUGAUUUGGUAAAGAGUAAAUUGAUCCAGUUUGAAAACGUCCUCGAGGACUGCAAGAUCAUGUCACAGAAGAUUGAACGACGGGUUAUUGGACAAACUGUCAUAUUUGACAUGGAAAAUGUGGGUACCCGACAUCUGUGGAAGCCAGGUUUAAAUCUCAAUAUGUAUCUCUCGCAUAUCCUUGAAGAUAAUUACCCAGAAAUGAUGAAGCGACUAUUUCUAAUUAACGCACCAAAGUUGUUACCCAUGAUAUACAAACUGGCCAAACCAUUACUCAGUGAAAAUAUGAAGCAGAAAAUAUUCGUCUUGGGAAUGUGGACUAAUUAUAAUUAUAAUGUGAAAUAA